GUGGUUUUUGGUUUUUCUUUAGAAAUAACAGUUUGUUUCAAAAACCAGUUUCCCUAGAUUAUAGGAAAUCUAUUUAUCCAAAAACUUGAUUGGCUAAAAGUAGUUUUUUCAAAAACAAAAACUAAAAACUACAGCAAAAUCUGUAAACAAUCAUCCCCAAGGCGAGAGCGAGAGAGAGAGAGAAGGAGAUGAAGAAACCAAUUCCUAAAAUUAGGGUUUUCGGCCAGCGAUCGAUCGCCCCUUCUUUCUUUAAUCGUAGUUCGAUUCCUGUGGAAGAAGAGUCUUCGUCGAAGAAAGUGGACAAGUGCGCUUCCUUUUCAGAGUUUCUCGAUCGCAAGUUGAACAAAUCUGUGCUCUUUAAGCCCAACAACGUUGAAAAAUUGAUUCCUGAACAGCAAAGGCCAAGACUUUUCACUUCAUUGUUUAGCUCCAAGUCUGAAAAGAAAAUCGGGGAUGUUAGUCUUGAAAAGACAAUGCUUCAGCAGUUUAAGCCAAGAGAGACCCAGAUAACUGGUGAACAAGUUAUGAGUAGGGCCCCUGAGCCCUUGGAUCAAGCUACUGCUGAAGAGGUUGAUCUUUUGACGACAUGCUUUACUGAUGAGAUCAAUGAUGAUGAUGAUAUCAUUGUAAUGAAGGAUGAUAGAUUAUCAAAGAAGAGAAAAGAUCCUUUCCAAGGUAUGGAGAGCAUGGAUAGAACGAGAAAGCCUGUUUUAGUCUUUGGAGACUACAACUCAAAAGUAUCAAAGCCCAUGCACGAGGUGGAAGGUGAAAGAGCAAGCAACAACACUAGUUGUAAGAAGCAGAAACCGAGUUAUAACCAUUAUGCAAAUGGUUCAGGGUUUUGGGACCGUGACAUGGAAGGUGUUGACUCGGAAGAAGUGGGACAUAGUGAAGUCUGGGAAGGAGUUGGUUCCACCACAUUCGGUGAUAUAGUUGAUUGGCACUAAUAAGUAGCAAUCGAGUUGGUCCUUGUCUCACCUUUAAUUGUGGCUUAAUAUUCUGAGAAAAGAUCAACAAAUGCGUAGGUAGCAAUGUCCUUUAUUUGGUAGAACUUUGUCGAUCUCGAGGAGAAUAGUUUAUUUUGGUGUUUUGACGAUUUUCUUAAGGUUUAACUAUAUACUGUCGCCUAAACAUAUGCUGUAUUUCGAACUUCUCCAUUUCCAUGAAAGACUUAAAAACAUUAA